CUUGUUCAAACAAUUGAAAUACUAAUAGGGAUUCGGGUAGCUUGCGAAGCUCAAACUUUCUGGUGCUGUCCAGUGACCUCACCAGCUGCCUUAAAGAAAGUACCCUUAAAAUUAUAUCAUAUUUGGUGUUGGGUAAUCCUCCUCGUGAUGUGGUAGUGAGUAGCCCCACUUGUAAGGGAAACAAAGUCUAAGGUGUGGACCAAUCUUAGGUGGCUUUAGCACAUUGUGUGUUGCCUUACAAUAGAAGGAAGGAGAAGCCUCCAGAGAAGGGAGAAGAGAGAGCCAUGAAAUUUCAGAGUACAUCCUCCACAAGGAGAAGAACAGAGAGAGGGAGAAGAAGGGAGAUUGGAGAGGAGAACUUGCGAGAGAGCAAGAGGGAUUCGUCCGCAAGGUUGAGAAGCAGCAGAUCCUCAUCCUUGGUGCCUCCAAUCUGUUGUUCCACCACUCUUUGCCUUAGUGCCUCCAAUCUGGUGUUCCACCACUCUUUGGUGAGGUCCUUCCAUACCCUAGCUUGUAGCCCCAAAUCUUGUUGUUGCUGUCCAAGAUAGUGAAAUCUUGAUGUAUGUGAACUUCUAGUGCUAUCUAGAGAAGAACUUGUUGUAUUCCCACAAGCAGAUUUGGCAGUCCCUAUCUUGAUGUAGUGGAAGAAGAUUUGGCUGGCUUGGUCCCGUGAUUUUUCCUCGAUUUGGGGUUUUCCACAUUAAAUCUGGUGUCUCUCUGGUUGAUGUGUUUCUCAGUUGCAAGUUGCAAUUGGUGAUGAGAUCCGGUUGCAAUUGUUGAUAUAUUCCUGCUGCAAUUUCCUCCAAAUAUAUGUGAUACAUAUGUUGUCCUUCGUGAAUAGGUUGACAUCCUGUGCUUGCUAAAAUUAUCAGCUCCCGCUGCGUGGUUAUCCCAACAUAAAUUGGUAUCAGGUCAUAAUUACUACUGGAGGUGAAGAACUCACAUUGGCCAUGGAAGAUAGCGCCAUGUCAAGUGGUAUGAUCAAGUUGGAUGCUUCUAAUUACUCUCUAUAUACUCUCUAUAGAAGCCCAUGAUGGAGGACUUGCUAUAUUGCAAGGAUUUAUAUGAGCCAAUUAUAAGAGAUGAAAUUCCUACAGGAGUCAUGGAGGAAGAUCGGAUAGUUCUAAAUUGGAAGGCAGUAGGUAUGAUUCGUUUAUACAUCAACCACAAUAUUUUCUACCAUGUUGCUAAUGACACAGAUGCAUUCAAGUUAUCGCAAAAUUUUGAGUCUAUGUAUGAGCAGAAGACAGCGGUGAACAACGCCUCGAUGGUAAAGCGACUUGCAAAGCUAGAGUACCGAGAUGGCAGCAGUGUUAUUGAACACUUGAAUGUCUUCUCAGGCCACACAAAUCAGCUAUCAGUUAUGAAGAUAAAUCUUGAUGAUAAAGUGCAAGUAUUAUUAUUGUUGAACUCAUUGCCGGACAGCUGGAACACGCUUGUUGUGUCACUUAGCAAUUCAGCUCCAUGGUAAGCUGACUCUUGAGAUGGUUAAGAACAUCCUGCUGAAUGAGGAAGCUAGAAGAAAAGAAAAGGGCAACAAUUUGCCAUCAUCUUCUGAUGCAUAUGUGGCUCAAAAUAAAGAAGAAAGCCGUAGUCGAAGUCAAGUUAAAAUUUAGCAUGGCAGAAGCAAAUCCGGGGGGAAAUCACAGUCAUGUCCAAAGUCAACUAUUGUUUGCUAUCAUUGCGGUAAGGAAGGCUACAAAAAAAAUGCAGAUUUUAUAAAAGAGAGCUUGCAGCAAAACAAGACAAGAAAACUGAGCAAUAACUGCAGGUGGUGAGGACUAUCUCAUUAGUGAAGAUGAUAGUUGUUUCAGUGUUAUUCGUGAUGAUGCAAACUGCAUCCCUAUCUUCAAUUAACGGUCAAUUGACAUUGCGGGUUAGAAGUCCCCAGAUGAUUAUGGGAUCCUUUUGCAAUAACUUCGAGCUUUUCUCCGAUAAAUUUCUCACUGUUUUAUUCAGGUCACCAAUUGCAAAGAUCACACCAGCGCUCACCGUCGCAGGUGAAGAGGCACUGGCUCCAAAAGUGGCAGCAUUCUCCUCGAGAGGUCCAUCGAUCGACUACCCUCAAGUUAUAAAGCCUGACAUAGCUGCACCAGGAGCAACCAUCUUAGCAGCUCAACAAGAUGCAUAUGUAUUCAAAUCAGGGACAUCUAUGGCAACACCACACGUAGCAGGCGUCAUCGCGCUACUGAGAGCUCUGUACCCAGAUUGGUCCCCUGCUGCACUGAAAUCAGCCAUCAUGACCACCGCAUCUAUAAAUGAUGGGCGUGGCAUGCCCAUACUCGCACAAGGAUUGCCUCGAAAGAUUGCUGACCCAUUUGACUACGGAGGGGGCCACAUAAACCCCAACAGGGCAGCUGACCCUGGCCUGAUUUACGACAUUGAUCCAAAUGAUUACACCAAGUUCUUUGGGUGCAUCAUCAAGACAUCCACAGUCUGCAAUGCAACGGUGCUACCUGGGUAUCUCCUGAACCUGCCAUCCAUCUCGGUCCCAGACCUAAGGUACCCGGUUACCAUCUCGAGAACGGUCACAAAUGUAGGUGAGGUCGAUGUAGUUUACCACGCUUCUAUUGAAAGCCCAGCCGGAGUGAAGAUGGAUGUUGAGCGGCAUGUUCUCAUGUUCAACGCUGCAAACAAAGUUAUCACAUUUCAGGUGAAGUUAUCACCUCUUUGGAGGUUACAAGGGGACUGCACUUUUGGUAGCCUUACUUGGCACAAUGGCGAAAAGACAGUGCGCGUUCCAAUUGCCAUCCGGAUGACAAUCCAUGAUUUAUAUGCUGAUGUUGCAUAAGUAGGUGAAACAUGCAGCCAAUGUCAUAGUGUUCUUACCAAUAUCAUGGCGCUCAUAGAAACAGUCUGAACAUGACCAGCUGAACUGUCCACACAGUUCUGUACUUGACAGAAGUUUUUGUUCUACAACCACAACGUUAUGAUUGAAAAUACAGCUCUAUUGGCAUACAAUUCUAGUGCUUUUGGUUGAAAUAUGCUUGUAUUCAUUAUACAACAAAAUCAUGCACUAUACACUAUGAUAAA